AUGGGAGAGACUGAGGUGUUUAACGUCCCUUCCGUCCGUAAAGAGAACUGCAACCACCGCAUCAUCCUCCAUCACGACAACGCGAGUUCUCACACCGCACACAGAACAAAAGAGUUUUUAGAGCAAGAAAACAUAGAAUUAUUAGACCAUCCGCCGUACAGCCCCGACCUAAGCCCUAAUGAUGUCUAUACUUUCCCUAAAAUAAAGAAUAAAUUGCGUGGACAGAGAUUUUCAUCACCUGAAGAAGCUGUGGACGCCUACAAAUCGGCCAUUUUGGAGACCCCAAAUUCCGAAUGGUAUGGUUGCUUCAAUGAUUGGUUCCAUCCUACGGAAAAAUGUGUCAAAUUUCGCGGAGAAUACUUCGAAAAGCAAUGA